AUGGAUGUCUUGUGGGCGGAUCCAGCGGUGGUCGGGGGGCCCGGGGAUAGGGAUGCGCGCGCUGAUAACGGCGGGGAAGGUGGAGAGUACGACGACGAUGACGAGGAGCAGGAGGCGCCGGCGCUGGAGCGACUGGAAGCCGUGUCGCGCCACUCGACCCCGUCGCGCUUUUCGUUGAACGCCUCGCCCGAGGUGCCUGGCGCGGGGAGGGAAAGGUCCGCUGAGGGCAUUCCCCGACCUCGCACCGGAGGGCACGGCGCGCGCGGUAUGCACGACGGGGUGCAGGCGCAGAGGGGCGACGGGGCCCCCAAGGUCCAUCCACGCACCCGCGCACUGCGCGCGUCGCACCACCGCCGCUGGGCGUCGUUCGACGGUUCGAAUGCAAUGCUUUGGGACGGAGAAGACAAUUUGCGUGCGCAUUCCGCGGAGAAUUCGGCGCGGUUGCUAUGGGGCGGCGCCGCGGAGCAACAGCUGCAGAGCUCGCUGCACCCCGACAGCCUGCUCCGCGAAUCCUCCGCGUCCGCAGUCGGCUCAGCUUGCCCAAAGCCCUCCGUGCGCCGAACGCGCACGCGACAGCAACGGCAACCGCGGGCGAACGCGAGCAGCCAGUCGCAGAUGCGGUCUCGAUCGGACCGGCUGAGCGGCUCGGGUAACCAAUCGGAUGGCGAAGUUGAGGGCGGCGGCGGGUUGGCCGGCGAGGGGUCGUCGGACGACGACGAGCUAUUCCGCCCCACGCCGCCGCGCGUGCUGGGCGGCGUCGGAGCGCGGUCCGGCAGGUGGGCGAGCGCGAGCAGCGGGGAGCGCGGGUCCGUGCUGGCGGCGUGGCAGCAGCGCGAGCUGGCGCAGGUGGAGGAGAAACUCCGCCACGCGGGCGAUGGCGGAGAGAUGGCGGGGGGCGCACUGGCUGGUGAGAGUCAGGGGCGGGGGAUGGAUGGACUGGGGGACGAGAGGCGCAGGCUCGGCGGAGAGGCCUUGUGGGGGAGGGGGGAAGGGGGAAGGGAGACCGAGGCGGAGAUGGUGGGCGCAGCGGAAGGGGAAGGUAUUGAGUCAAUGGUCAGGGGCGCGCAUGGUGCGCUGGCAAGUGAGAUGAUGACACGUGGACUCUUGGAUGUUGCUGACGUGGAUGCGAGGGAGAACGGGUCGUGCGGAGGAAGCGAGGCGGGAAGGCGGAGAGGGCAGCAAGGGGGAGAAGAGGAUGAACGGGAAGACGGGGAGGGGAGGAAGCGGGGAGAGGAUGUCGGAGGGCGGGAGACAGACGGAGAGGGGCUGAUGGAGGGCGCAGCGGGUCAGGAGGAGGCGGAGGCGGAAAUCCAAGGGGCGGAAGACGCUGAAGGGGAGGGGGGCCUGGGGGACAGGGGGGAGUUAGACGGAGAAUAUAUGGAAGGGCGGAGCAGAGUGGACGGGGCGGAGGGGGGGGGGGAAAGCGAUGCGCGCAUUGCAGAGGAGCACAAGGCAGAGGAGGGGGAGGAGCGCGAGCAGGGCGGCCAUGGGGAGGGCGGGUGGCCCAAGUUCCUGCGGCGUAAUGCAACCGCGCAGCCGGGGGGGGCCAAGGGGGAGAGCGGGGGGGGGCGGGGGGAGCCGGCUGGGGCAGCUGCUGCGCAACGGGACGUUCAAGCGCCCGCAGGGGGAGGGCGAGGAGCGCCACGGCAGCCGCCUGGGCCGCGUUGCCACUGCUGUGCGCGCUGGGCUCAAGUCCAGGAGGGGAAGGGCUUUGAGGGGCUGGCAGCGCCCAAGCGGGUGCAGUUCCAAAUCACCGAGCUGGAGUUCGCCACGGACGGCUUCGCGCGGGAGAACAUAUUGGGAGAGGGCGGAUUCGGCACGGUGUACCGCGGGCUGCUGCCAGUAGCACCGCGCGUGGAGGUGGCGGUGAAGGUGUUGAAGCAGCUGGGCGUGCAGGCGGACGAGGAGUUCCACAUCGAGCUCGAGCUGCUGUCGCGGCUCGACCACAAGAACCUCGUGCGCCUGCACGGCUUCUGCUCCACCGCCUCCCAGCGCAUGCUCGUCUAUGAGUACCUGCCCAAUGGCUCCCUCACCGACCACCUCCACGGCCCCCCGGGAACGGCAGAGCUGUCGUGGGAGCGGCGCGUGCGCAUAGCAGCGGGGGCGGCGAGGGGGCUGGCUCACCUGCACCGACAGCGACCGCAGAUCCUGCACCGCGAUGUGAAGGCGCCCAACAUCCUGCUCACCUCCAACUUCACUGCUAAGGUGGCGGACUUUGGGUGCGCGAAGCUGAUACGGCGCACAGAGGUGGUGGAGGAUGCGGUGACGGGGAGGCAGGUGGAGCGGCUGUGUGACAGUGUGGACUACGCCAUGGGCACCCCCGGGCACAUGGCGCCCGAGAUGCUCAUGACUGGCGAGAUCAGCGCUGCUACUGAUGUGUACAGUUUCGGCGUGGUGCUGCUGCAGCUGGUGACGGGGCGGCUGCCGAUAGACUCGAGCCGGCAGCAGCUGACGAUGUGGGCGGCGCCGCUGCUGGAGGAGGAGCGCUGGGAGGACCUGCUGGACCCGCGCCUGCAGCGCGCCCUGCUGGGCCGGGUCAAUGGGGGGGGCGCAGGGGGCGGGCGAGGGGGGGAGGACGCGGCAGGGGCGGGGGCAGUGGCAGGGGCAGCGGGGGAGUUGAGGCGGCUGGUGGCGGGGCGGUCGGUGGGGCGGUGCCUGCAGCUGGCGGGCACGUGUCUUGACAUGGACCCCCUGCAGCGCCCCUCCAUGGAGGAUGUGGCGCUCUCCCUGCUCGCCAUCUACAGCUCAGGUGCCCGCCUCCCCCUCCCUCCCUGCCACCCUCCCUCACCUCCACGGAUUUUUAAACACUGCCUCUCCCGCACUGCCCACCUCUCCAUCUCACGCCCCCUUCCCCCCUCCCCACCCUUCCCCCCUCCCCACCCUUCCCCCCUCCCCACCCUUUCCCCCUCCCCACCCUUUCCCCCUCCCCACCCUUUCCCCCUCCCCACCCUUUCCCCCUCCCCACCCUUCCCCCCUCCCCACCCUUCCCCCCUCCCCACCCUUCCCCCCUCCCCACCCUUCCCCCCUCCCCACCCUUCCCCCCUCCCCACCCUUCCCCCCUCCCCACCCUUCCCCCCUCCCCACCCUUCCCCUCUCCCCACCCUUCCCCCCUCCCCACCCUUUCCCCCUCCCCACCCUUUCCCCCUCCCCACCCUUUCCCCCUCCCCACCCUUUCCCCCUCCCCACCCUUCCCCCCUCCCCACCCUUCCCCCCUCCCCACCCUUCCCCCCUCCCCACCCUUCCCCCCUCCCCACCCUUCCCCCCUCCCCACCCUUUCCCCCUCCCCACCCUUUCCCCCUCCCCACCCUUCCCCCCUCCCCACCCUUCCCCCCUCCCCACCCUUCCCCCCUCCCCACCCUUUCCCCCUCCCCACCCUUCCCCCCUCCCCACCCUUCCCCCCUCCCCACCCUUUCCCCCUCCCCACCCUUUCCCCCUCCCCACCCUUCCCCCUCCCCACCCUUCCCCCUCCCCACCCUUCCCCCCUCCCCACCCUUCCCCCCUCCCCACCCUUCCCCCCUCCCCACCCUUCCCCCCUCCCCACCCUUCCCCCCUCCCCACCCUUCCCCCCUCCCCACCCUUUCCCCCUCCCCACCCUUUCCCCCUCCCCACCCUUCCCCCCUCCCCACCCUUCCCCCCUCCCCACCCUUCCCCCCUCCCCACCCUUUCCCCCUCCCCACCCUUUCCCCUCCCCACCCUUUCCCCCUCCCCACCCUUUCCCCCUCCCCACCCUUCCCCCCUCCCCACCCUUCCCCCCUCCCCACCCUUCCCCCUCCCCACCCUUCCCCCCUCCCCACCCUUCCCCCCUCCCCACCCUUUCCCCCUCCCCACCCUUCCCCCCUCCCCACCCUUCCCCCCUCCCCACCCUUCCCCCUCCCCACCCUUCCCCCCUCCCCACCCUUCCCCCUCCCCACCCUUCCCCCCUCCCCACCCUUUCCCCUCCCCACCCUUUCCCCCUCCCCACCCUUCCCCCUCCCCACCCUUCCCCCCCUCCCCACCCUUCCCCCCUCCCCACCCUUUCCCCCUCCCCACCCUUUCCCCCUCCCCACCCUUUCCCCCUCCCCACCCUUUCCCCCUCCCCACCCUUCCCCCCUCCCCACCCUUCCCCCCUCCCCACCCUUCCCCCCUCCCCACCCUUCCCCCCUCCCCACCCUUUCCCCCUCCCCACCCUUUCCCCCUCCCACCCUUUCCCCCUCCCCACCCUUUCCCCCUCCCCACCCUUUCCCCCUCCCCACCCUUCCCCCCUCCCCACCCUUUCCCCCUCCCCACCCUUUCCCCCUCCCCACCCUUUCCCCCUCCCCACCCUUUCCCCCUCCCCACCCUUUCCCCCUCCCCACCCUUCCCCCUCCCCACCCUUCCCCCCUCCCCACCCUUCCCCCCUCCCCCCCCUUCCCCCCUCCCCCCCUCAGCCUGCGCGGAGCGAGACGAGGCGCUGCAGCCGGCAAGCGAGGGCUUCAGAAGCGGCCGAAUGCUGCCGCCCGCCGGCCCGUCAGACCCCACGCGUGCGGGGUCAGGGGGGAGCUGCAUGCAGGGGGCGGGUGGGGGGGGCAGCGGGGCAGUGGUGGGGGGAAGUGUGCGGAUGACGGCCAGUGGGGGGCUGUCAGGGUCGCCUGA